AUGGAUGGAACUAAAGGAGCAAGAGAUGGGACGAAAGGACCAAGAGAUGGCACGAAAGGACCAAGAGAUGGCACGAAAGGACCAAGAGGUGGCACGAAAGGACCAAGAGAUGAAACAAAAAGAACAAGAGAUGGAAAGAAAAAUAAAUCAACUACAAUUACAAAUUAA